GGCACGUGGGACGGGGACCCGCGCUGGUGCCCGCCCGCCGCCUGUCUCCUGCCGGCGCCCGCUCCCGUCUUUCCUCAGGUCCCCUUUCCCGCUGCUCCUUCUCUAGGGUAGGAGAGGUCACCUCCUGGCCCUCCGCUCGGCUCCCCCCGCCCGCGCUCCAGGGAGCUUAGCAACGGUUGCUACGGCCGGGAGCAGGCGCCGCGGCCCCCCCCCGCGGGUGACGUCACUUCCGCCAGCGACCCCUUCCCGACCCGCUCCCGGAGCCUGGCCAAAGGACCAAAAGCGACCCGCGCAGGUGCACGACGCCAGCUCUCUUCUGGGGGGCGGGGGCCUGGGGGCUGCCAUGGCCCCCAGCCACCUGUCAGUGCGGGAGAUGAGGGAAGAUGAGAAGCCCCUGGUGCUGGAGAUGCUGAAGGCCGGCGUGAAGGACACGGAGAACCGCGUGGCCCUCCAUGCCCUGACACGGCCACCAGCCCUGCUCCUCCUGGCGGCGGCCAGCAGCGGCCUGCGCUUUGUCCUGGCUUCCUUUGCCCUGGCCCUCCUCCUGCCGGUGUUCCUGGCUGUGGCCGCUGUGAAGCUGGGCCUGCGGGCCCGAUGGGGCUCACUGCCUCCCCCGGGUGGCUUGGGGGGCCCCUGGGUGGCAGUGCGGGGCUCUGGUGAUGUGUGUGGGGUCCUGGCCCUGGCCCCUGGCACCAACGCGGGGGACGGGGCCCGGGUCACCCGCCUCUCUGUCUCUCGCUGGCACCGCCGCCGGGGAGUGGGCAGGAGGCUGCUGGCCUUUGCGGAGGCCCGGGCUCGGGCCUGGGCUGGGGGCAUGGGGGAGACCCGGGCUAGGCUCGUGGUCCCCGUGGCUGUGGCCACCUGGGGGGUGGCGGGGAUGCUGGAGGGCUGCGGCUACCAGGCUGAGGGGGGCUGGGGCUGCCUAGGCUACACACUGGUGAGGGAGUUCAGCAAAGACCUGUGAGGCUACAGACCGCCAGGAAGGGCAGGGAAGGAGGGAGGGGCACCAGCACAUGAUGAGCACCUACUGUGUGCAGGUACUUUUACAUCCACUCCCUUGGUGAGUCCUCAGCCACCCAGGGCCCAGAAACAGAGGUCUGCUGAGGGGAGGAGCCUGGCCUUCACCCACCAGCCGGCAGUGUGAAGUCUGCAGUGUUUGAGCCUCUCAGAGUAGAAUGACUCCUUUCCCUCUCUGGUCUCGAGGUCAGCCUCUCCAACCCCUACCUCAGCUCCGUCUGCACUGAGAAAUCUCCUUGGCCGACGUGUCUGCAAAGCCAGUGCUGUCUGUGCCACAGGCCUGGGAGAGCUAACUGGGGAGGGGGAGAGGAGGCCGAGCAGAAUAUGCCCCAGAGUUAGGAUUUGUGACUCUGCCUCCCUGGAGCCGGAGUGGGUUAGACGCCUGCCCUUGGAGGGGACCAGGUUGACUACUUAGGGGUUGCAGUGCACAGGGCUGCCAGGCUUGGCCCCUCUCUGGAAAGGUGGAGAGCUGAAACGGCAGCUCUGGCCCUCUCUCCAGACCCGUCUGGUUUUUUACACUAUUUGUUAAUAAAGCCUGAAACCGCUGUG